CGAGCACUAAAGAGUUGUAAGGGGAAUGCAUUUCAAAAUCCAACGCUAGAAAAUUUAGAUUUUCAAAAUAUCUGCUAUAAAAAAUUAAACUAUAAAAGUGUUAAAUUAAUUUGACGGUAGUUUAAAAGACGUCAAGACGGCAUAUUAGCCCUCUAAUGUACAGACAAGACUACCGCUCCAACAGUAUUAAGUAAUACUCCCUUUGUAAUCCGGUAAAAUGGCUGCGCCCUUUCCGUUUGUUUACUAAAAAAUUUAGGAUGCAUAUUCUAUUUGAUCUCUUACUUUGUCCUGUUUAACGCUGAUUUUAAAUCAAAUUAUUGGCUAAGUUGUGUGACAUCGGACGCAGUUGUCGAGAAUGCAUCUGAAAGUGAAAAAUGAAGAAAAUUAAGAGACAAAAAAUGUUUUCAGGAAUUUCUUGGCUUAAAACAAAUGACAUAACAUUAAAUUUACAUCGAUAUGGAGAUUGCCUUCUGCACUGUACUGUCCACAUCUCGCGAGGCAUCCAUGAAUUUGACAAUGACGUGGUUUUACGUUAUGCAUGUGCCAUUACAAAUAGUGGGGGUGGUAUUCUUCACAUGAAAAAUGUGGAUUACGAAAGUGGAGUAUGCUCCAAAGACUUGGAUACCUGGUGGAGUGGUAUGGAAAUAAAACUAGCAGCCAUGAUCUCUUCGGAUGAUAUUUGUAACUAUUUCGACAUGGUGGGAAGUUAUGAUGAUGCAGAUCUCUAUCUGUUUAUAAAAUCUGCAGAGCACAUCAGUACUAUAAACUAUCAUUGUCGCUUACCAACAGACACAGCCACUCAUGAGGUGAGUUACCAGUCAGUGAUGAAACUGCUUCAGAAAGGUGAAACAGAAAGACAGUUGUCUGCUCUUCCUUUAAUACCAACAAGUUACCAGUAUGGAGUUACUCAUGAAUGUUUGAAACAAGAAACAAAACAAAUACAGUUCAAACAGCUGUCUGGAGGACACUCUAAAGACGGGAAGGGAAUACCAGACAAAAUUAAGUCUCUGGUGUCUAAAUAUGUGUCAGCCUUUGCUAACCAUGAAGGGGGACACAUCUAUUUUGGGAUUGAUGACAACCAGGCUGCUGUUUAUGGAGAGGAAAUGACUCAACAAGACCAAGAGAGAACAGCCAAACUUGUUCAACUAAGAAUGGAUGUCAUCAUUUGGGGCAACUCUUCCUUCAUUGCACAGAGGGGGGUUCACUGGGAUAUUCAGUUUUUUCCAUUGCAGCAUGUUCCACCAAGAAUGAAGCCUCGAGUUGUGGUUGUUGUAUCAGUGUGUCAAUUUCCUGGUGGUGUGUUUACAGCAACACCAGAUAGUUACUAUGUGAAUAUUCAGAGCCAUGAUGUGGAAUGCUGGUCUUUUGAUCAGUGGAAGAAAGCAAUGCUCAACCCAUUUCAAGAUAAGCUGGAAUUGCAUGGACGUUUCGUUAAACUUCCCCUCAUGGUGCCUCAAGCUCCUUUGGUGUUUUCCUUGAAACACACUCUCAACAGCAUUAAAGCCAAGUUGUUUACAGGUAAAUCAAUGAAGUUUCCACAGCCUCACCACUUUCUGUCUGGCAUCGGUUGCCGGGACACCAGAAAUCUCAUCUGCUCUGUGGUUGAGCUUUUCUCUGGAGGUCGUCACCUUUCUCUGUUUGUUAAUUGUUGGGGAUUGUCAGUUCCGCUUCCACCUCUCCCGAAAGUGACGUGUGACUUAUUUGUUGUUAGUGAGACACAUGGAUGUCAUUUAAUCACGUUUGCUACCUCAGAAUCAAAUGCAAUUUGGGCGCAUUCACAUGAUGUGGCAGCUUACCUCAAAUACAAGAUGGUUACUCUUGGAGGCUGUGUGGCCAAGUUUGGUAUUUCUACACACAUCAUUAAUGAUAAGAAUUACCUAUAUGUUAAAAGCAAUAUCAGCAAGAAAUUUUACCCAUCUCAUUUUGACAUGACGUCUGAGAAAUUUGAUGAAGUCAUUGAUUCACUUAUUGUUACAAUGUCAGCUUAUCAACCAAUUGAUUUCACAACCCUGAACACCACCACCAUCGAAAACAUUUUGUCACAAGACACAUACUUCUUCAUGCUCACUUGUGAUCAGUUUGAAUUGCUGUUCACUCAGCAAUUUGCCAAAGAAUUGUGGGUACAUAGUCCCCCUGGAGCUGGGAAAACUGUAGCAGCUGUUCAGUUUGUUCAGGAGCUGAAACGUCGCGGGUGUCAGAUGACGGAAAUCCUGUAUCUUGCUGAAAAUGAACUGCUGUGUUCAUAUGUUAGAUCUUUCAACAUUUGCCAGGUGUUGACGCGUCGAGAGUUCAUGAGUACCCAGGAUAAUAUUUUCAGUGAUGUCAAAAAUGUCAUAGUGGAUGAGGCUCAAAACUUCAAAGACCGAGAUGGCGACUGGUACACUGCAGCAGAACGUUUGACCAGACCGCGGGGAAACUCCUGUGAUUCAAGUAAUGGAAAGCAGACAAACAGCUCACAUCUAAGUCAUCUUGAAAGACAAGGCUUCUUUUGGGUGUUUAUGGACUACUCGCAGAAAGUUCACAAAUUUAAUGCUGGUCUACCAUCUGUGAUAGGAAAGAACAAUUUCAUGAUGAGUGAAAUAACUCGAAAUUCCAAAGAGAUCUUCCAAUAUGCCAUGCAAUUCAUGAGUGAUCCAGUGGAUGUGGGAAUGUUGUUGUUACCAAAGGAAACCACAGGAUUUCAACAAAUAGACAGUUCGCCUCGUCUCGGUCAUGACUAUAAGUCAGGGCAGUCUGUGGAAGUCCUGAAAUGUGACAAAGAACAUUUAAAAGAAAAACUCUUCCAAGUCCUCUCAACCAUAAUUGAUAGCGGUGUAAAUAUUGAAGACUUGGCUGUACUUGUUGGAAGUAAGCAGGACAAACCCGCUAUUAAAGCAGAUGUUGCGCCGUUAUUGCAAAAGACAGAUUUCAAUGUGGAAGUGGAUACGGUGAAGGAGUUCAGUGGAUUAGAUCGAGGAACUAUCGUGGGGGUGGAUCCAAAAGUGAAUACAGAGCAUGCUGACUUGAAUAAAUUCAUCCUCAGUUUGGCAACUCGCGCACGUGACAAACUUGUGAUAAUCUCUACCUUUGAUGAUGUUCAAAGGAAAUUAGAAUGUGGUGACCAAAGGAAACAUAAUGCUGAAAAUGCUUAACCACAUGCAUUACAAUGGGUUUUUUUAGGGGGGGGGGGGGUAUGUUAUUACAUGCAGGCUGUCCAGUGGCUCUAAAAUUCCUUAAAAAUAUUUUUUUUAGUUUUCUUAAAAUUCCUAAAAUUAUGUUGACUUCAAGGGGAAAUCCUAAAAAGGCCCUAAUUUUUCAUGUCAAUUCCUAAAAUGUAUUCAUGAUAAAUGUGUAUAAACAUACAUGUAGUUUGCAAAUCUUACUCAGAUAAUGCAGUGAAAAGUAGUUGACCAGUGGAUCCAUGUGUCAAGCUUGUUUAUUGGUUGUGACUGUGACAAAGAUGUUACUAAUAAGGUUUAUAACCAAUAACAGCUUGGACUGGAAGAUGCCCUUCCUGCACUUACAUUAUUUUUAGAUCACCUGAGUCACUCAGGUGACCUGUUGAUAUUGGUCUUUGUCAUCGUUAUGUCAUCUGUUAACAACUUUACAUUUUUAACUUCUUGAAAACUACAUGCCCAAUACGCCAGUUUCGAGACAAGAGCUCUUCUGUGUAGGAGGUGCAUUUAGUGGAACUUUGAAUGCCACAAGUGGGACAUAGUGGACGAUAAAAUGUAUUCAAAGCAGUUUCUCUUUGAAUAUGUAAAUGUAGGAAAUACAAAUUACUAUCAAAAGAAAUAUUUUACUAAAGUUGAAACAUAAAAACAAUGUCAUAUUUACAAGUGAUAUCCUGGAAAUGAUAAAUAUGAGCAACGGAAUAACGUUAUAUAAUAAGAUUUCCAUGUAUUUAAUUACUCCCUGAAUACUUAUCAAUUACUUAGUUUGUGUAUCAGUCCAAUUCGGGUGAUGAAACCGUGUAUGAGAAACUUUCUGAGCAGAUUCACUUAUGCUGUGAUGAAUUUUUGUCUCCCGCAUGCAAACAAAUUGUUUCACACCUUAUUUAUAUGUACAAGAGUUCUCCAAAGGGAAAUAACUCAGAAGUUUUUCGAAAAUGGCGUAUUGUUACAGUUUUUGGUGUGAAGCAUUUCUAGGAUAAAAGGAAUAUGAAUUGUAAAAUUUAUUACCUUACCACUCAUGGGCGCCCACAAAAGGCCAUAUUUAAAAAAAUCUUCUCUACUCUCACACAUGUGGGAGAAAAACUAAAUAUAUGGAUAUGAUGUCCAUGAAGCUCUCUACUCAAAUUGUGAAAUUCAUGGCCCCUGGGUCAGGGAUUAAGGCCCUACUGCAGGGCCAAUUUGACCAUAUAGUGAACUUGUAUUAAAUCUUCUUCUAUACUGCCAUGCAUUGUAUAUAUUUUAGAAAAACUAAAUGCAUGAUUAUGAUGAUGUUCAUGAAGCUCUCUACUAAAUAGUGAAAUUCAUGGCUUCUGGGUCAGGGGGUCAGGCCCAUGGACAUGGCCAAUAUGGCCACAUAAUUAAAAAUGUAUAAAAAGAAAUCUUCUCUAUUUUCAGUCAUGGGAGAUAAGUUAAAUGCAUGGUUAUGGUGUCCAUAAUGUCAUCUUCUUAUCUUCUUUAAUUGUGAAAUUCAUGGUUCAAAGGGGGGGAGGGGUGUCAAAAUGAUUUAUAUGUUUCAAACUUCCAUUUUUACUUCCUCUGUAAAUGAAUAGGAAUUGAGUGCAUAUUUUGAAAGAUCAUAAACAUGUGCACAAAGGGCUCCAUAUUGAGACUUAAAUGCAAAUAUGAGACUCCCUGUAUGGGCUAUGAUACUCAGGUGACCGUAAUGGUGUUUCUUUAUUUUCAUAUUUGCAAAGGUAAGUCCAUUUAAAUAUCUAAAACUAUCCUAAUUCAGUCAUAAAAUUCCUAAUUUUAGCCCUAUAAUUUCAGAAUUUUAUCCCUAAAAUUAGCCCUAAGUGCUGGACAGCCUGCACAUGCAGAAAGAUCUAGCUUAACCUGGGUACAAUAGACCAUGGUCUAAUGAUAUUUUCUAAAGUAUAAAACGUAACCUUCUUUGUAUAACAUGUUUUCUGUGAUUCAUCUACAUAUCAGGUUAUUAGAUAUUACUAAUGAAAUAUGGGUUUUUUUUAGCUCACCUGAACCGAAGGUUCAAGUGAGCUUUUCUGAUCACUUUUUGUCCGUCGUCUGUCUGUCCGUCUGUCUGUUAAACUUUUCACAUUUUUUACUUCUUCUCCAGAACCACUGGGCCAAUUUCAACCAAACAUGGCCAAAAGCAUCCUUGGGUGAAGGGCUUUCAAGUUUGUUCAAAUGAAGGGCCAUGUCCCUUUCAAAGGGGAGAUAAUCACAAAAAUGCAAAAAUAGGGUGGGGUCAUUUAAAAAUCUUCUUCUCAAAAAACCACUGGGCCAGAAGAGCUGAAAUAUACCUGAAAGCUUCCUGACAUAUUGCAGAUUCAAGUUUGUUCAAAUCAUGGCCCCCGGAGGUAGGAUGGGGCCACAAGGGGGAUCAACGUUUUACAUACAAAUAUAUAGGGAAAAACUUUAAAAAUCUUCUUCUCAAGAACCACUGAGCCAGAAAAGCUGAUUUUUACAUGAAAACUUUCUGACAUAGUGCAGAUUCAAGUUUGUGCAAAUCAUGGCCCCCGGGGGUAGGAUGGGGCCACAAGGGGGGGUCAAAGUUUUACAUACAAAUAUAUAGGGAAAAACUUUAAAAAUAUUCUUCACAAGAACCACUAAGCCAGAAAAGCUGAGAUUUACAUGAAAGCUUCCUGACAUAAUGCAGAUUCAAGUUUGUUCAAAUCAUGGGCUCCGGGGGUUGGAUGGGGCCACAAUAGGGGAUCAAAGUUUUACAUAAAAAUUUAUAGGAAAAAUCUUCUUCUCAAGAACCACUGAGCCAGAAAAGCUGAUUUUUACUUGAAAACUUUCUGACAUAGUGCAGAUUCAAGUUUGUUCAAACCAUGGCCCCCGGAGGUAGGAUGGGGCCACAAGGGGGAUCAAAGUUUUACAUACAAAUAUAUAGUUAAAAUCUUUUUCUCAAUAACCACUGAGUCAGAAAAGCUGAUAUUUACAAGAAAACUUUCUGACAUAGUGCAGAUUCAAGUUUGUUCAAACCAUGGCCCCCGGAGGGUAGGAUGGGGCCACAAGUGGAGGGGGGGUCAAAGAUUUACAUACAAAUAUAGGAAAAAGCGUUAAAAAUCUUCUCGAGAACCAUUGGGCCAAAGAAGUUGACAUUUACAUAAAAGCUUUCUGACAUAGUGUAGAUUCAAGUUUGCAAAGGGUAGUUUGGGCCAUAAUAGGGACUAAGGUUUUACAUGCAAAUAUAUAUGGAAAGUCUUCAGAUAUGGGCCAAGGUGACUCAGGUGAGCGAUGUGGCCCAUGGGCCUCUUGUUUCUCUUUACUAUACAUGUACAUUACACCAUGCUUAACUGAUAUACAAAUGAUUUGCUUUAUUAAAUAUUUUCACAAACAUGAA